UCUCUCUGAAUAUAUAUAUAUAUAUAUAUAUAGUAAAGGCCGAGGUGGUUGUGUAUAAACGAAGAAAGCGACCCUGAAAGCAGUAGCUUGUUGCAGUAUUAUUCACACACUACCCACUCCCCAAAUCAAAUCACAGAGAGAGAGAGAGAGAGAGAGAUGGAGCAAUGGAAGAAAGUAUGGAUGAUGAUGAUGGUGAUGAUGGUGAGCAUGAAUGGCGGUGUUUCAGGGUACAAGAACUACACUGUGGGAGAAGAUCUGGGUUGGUUCGAUAAACUGGAGAAAUCGUCUGUCAAUUAUCAAAAAUGGGCUUCUUCUCACACCUUCUCCCUCGGUGAUUUCCUCCUUUUCAACACUGAUAACAACCACACAGUUGUACAAACGUACAAUUCCACCAUCUACAGCCUCUGUGAUGACAGUACUUCACUCGAUAACGAUACCGUCACUUGGUCAUCACCGGACCCUUCAGCCACCAACGUCCACCCCGUCUUUGUGGCUGUCCCGCUCCUCAAGGUCGGACCCACCUAUUUCUUCUCAAGUGAUUACGACGGCGAGCAAUGUGAAAACGGUCAGCGUUUCAGCAUCAACGUCACACAUGGACAAGGGUUGCCACCAAGUUUGAGAACUCCAUCACCAGGUGCACCUGGCCCCGUGGGCCAACAGUCUGGUGAUGAUACAGUGCCGGACACACUGGUUCCAGCUAACUUUGAUCACCCUAAAGACAUUAGUGAUGAUGACAGUGAUGAUGAUGAUGAUGGCAAGAAGAAGAAAUCGAAUGCUACAAUUAUACAAACCUCAAGAUGGGGAUUCAGCAGGAUUUUGAUUCUGCUGGGGUUACUUUAUACUUGUUGGUAGAUUAAGAAUUUUCAUAUUCAUUCCAAUAAUUAUUUAUUAUUCGUUAGUUGUAAAAGAAGGUCAAACAAGCCGCCACGGAAACAAUCACUCUACUUUUUAGGGUACAGAUAUGUACAUGUUACCCCCAGAACUCCAUGCGAGACAUAUUGGGUUUGUUAUGGGAUGAGUGAAAAUAGAAAGGGGUGCUAAAGAUUUCUUGAAAAUAAUGAAAACAAAUGUUGUAUGAUUUCGGAA